AAAAAAAAAACUAAAUUUUUAAUUAAAGAUGUCUGCCGCCACCGAUGCCACCCAAGUUCAAGAAUCUUUAGACAAAUUGUCUAUUGAUUCACCAAAUGCUGGUUCAGAAACUACUGUUCCAACUAGUGCUGAACAAGAAGACCAAACUGAAGGAGCCAAUGUUGCUGAUACUUCUGCUUCUUUGUACGUUGGUGAAUUAAACACCAGUGUUAAUGAAGCUUUAUUAUUUGAAAUUUUUUCUCCUAUUGGACAAGUUUCAUCUAUUAGAGUUUGUCGUGAUGCUGUCACCAAAAAAUCUUUAGGUUAUGCUUAUGUUAAUUAUCAUAAAUUUGAAGAUGGUGAAAAAGCUAUUGAAGAAUUAAACUAUAGUCCAGUUGAAGGUCGUCCAUGUCGUAUCAUGUGGUCUCAAAGAGAUCCUUCUUUAAGAAGAAAUGGUGAUGGUAACAUCUUUAUUAAAAAUUUACAUCCUGCCAUUGACAAUAAAGCUUUACACGAUACCUUUUCAGCUUUUGGUAAGAUUUUGUCUUGUAAAGUUGCCACUGAUGAUAUGGGUAUCUCUAAAUGUUUUGGUUUUGUUCAUUAUGAAACUGCUGAAGCUGCUCAAGCUGCUAUUGAAAAUGUCAAUGGUAUGUUAUUGAAUGAUCGUGAAGUUUUCGUUGGUAAACAUGUUUCUAAAAAAGAUCGUGAAUCUAAAUUUGAAGAAAUGAAGGCUAACUUCACCAACGUUUAUGUUAAAAAUAUUGAUUUACAAUUUUCUGAAGAAGAAUUUGAAAAAUUAUUUAAACCUUAUGGUACUGUUACUUCUAUUUACUUAGAAAAAGAUCAAGAAGGUAAUUCAAAAGGUUUUGGUUUUGUUAAUUUUGAAAAUCAUGAUUCUGCUUUAAAAGCUGUUGAAGAAUUAAAUGAUAAAGAAAUCAACGGUCAAAAAAUUUAUGUUGGUAGAGCUCAAAAAAAGAGAGAAAGAUUAGAAGAAUUGAAAAAACAAUAUGAAUCAACUAGAUUAGAAAAAUUAGCUAAAUAUCAAGGUGUUAAUUUAUUUAUCAAAAACUUGGAUGAUUCAAUUGAUUCUGAAAAAUUAGAAGAAGAAUUUAAACCAUUUGGUUCAAUCACUUCUGCUAGAGUUAUGGUUGAUGAAACUGGUAAAUCUAAAGGUUUUGGUUUCGUUUGUUUCUCUUCUCCUGAAGAAGCUACUAAAGCUAUUACUGAAAUGAAUCAACGUAUGGUUUUGGGUAAACCUUUAUAUGUUGCUUUAGCCCAACGUAAAGAUGUUAGACGUUCUCAAUUAGAACAACAAAUUCAAGCCCGUAAUCAAAUGAGAAUGCAAAAUGCUGCUGCUACUGGUGGUAUUCCAGGUCAAUUCAUUCCUCCAAUGUUUUAUGGUCAACAACCUGGUUUCUUCCCUCCAAAUGGUAGAGGUAAUGGUCCUUUCCCUCCAAAUCCUCAAAUGAUGAUGCCAAGAGGUCAAAUACCUCCUCCUCAAGGUCAAUGGCCAAGACCUGGUCCAAAUGGUCAACCAGUUCCAGUUUAUGGUAUGCCUCCAGUUUACGGUGGUGAUUUCCAAAACCCAAAUGCUGCUGGUUCUCCAGGUCCAAAUAACCGUCAGCAAAGAGGUUACUAUCCAAACAACCGUAAUCAAGUCAAACGUAAUACCAGAGAUUUAGCUGCCAUCAUUGCUUCUGCUCCAAUUGAACAACAAAAGAGAAUCUUGGGUGAAGAAUUAUACCCAAAGAUUGUUUCUACUGGUAAAGCUCAAGAACCUGAAGCUGCUGGUAAAAUUACCGGUAUGAUGUUGGAUUUGGAUAAUCAAGAAAUUUUGGCCUUAUUAGAAGAUGAUGAAUUAUUCAAUAAUCAUUUCGAAGAUGCUUUAACUGCUUUUGAAGAAUAUAAAAAAUCUUCUGAAGGUGUUGUUGAACCUCAAGUUUAAGCUUUCAAAAAGAAAAAACAUCCUUGGUUAUGCAAAACAAGUUAAUGAUUUAUCAAUAAUUUUAUGAAUAAAAAC